AUGUCUGGUGAAGAGAGCUUAAAUCAUGAUGCUAAGUAUGAGUUGCAUAGAAAUUUAGCAGAUUUUCAACCUAGUCUCUGGGGAAAUUAUUUUCUUCAAUAUGAACUAGAUCCAAAUAUUAAGGCACAAAUUGAAGCAUUAAAAGGCGACAUGAGAAAGAUUCUUGUCUCAGAGAGUGAGAAACCCUUGGAAAAAGUUCAUUUGAUUGAUUCAAUAUGCCGCUUGGGUGUUAGUUAUCACUUUGAAGAUGAGAUUGAGGAGAUUUUGCAAAAUAUUUACAAGAAUAACGUUGAAAAUGGUGAAAUAACUCUUAAUGACAACCUUUGCUCUCUCAGUGUGCUAUUUAGGUUGCUCAGACAACAAGGACUUCAUGUUUCGCCAAAUGUUUUCAACCAAUUCAAGGAUGAGAGUGGAGAAUUCAGUGAAAGACUUAUCCAAGAUGUUGAGGGAAUGCUAAGCUUGUAUGAAGCCACACAUAUGAUGAUUCAUGGAGAUGACAUUUUGGAAAAAGCUUUGGCUUUCACUAAGAUUCAUCUUGAGUCCAUUGCCAACCAAUCAAGCCAUUCUCUUGCAAUACAAAUCAAACAUAGCUUAAGGCAGACACUUCAUAAGAAUUUGCCAAGGCUUGAAGCACAUAGAUUUAUUUCCAUAUACGAGCAAGAUCCUUCCCAUAAUAAAGUUUUACUUGUUUUGGCAAAACUAGAUUUUAAUAUGCUCCAAAACCUCCAUCAAAAGGAAUUUGGUAAUAUUUGCAAAUGGUGGAAUGAGUUGGAUGUGCCUAAUAAACUACCGUAUGCACGAGAUAGGAUGGCCGAGGGUUGCUUUUGGGCAAUGGGAAUAUAUUUUGAGCCUCAAUAUUCUAAGGCAAGAAUAAUUAUGACAAAAUUAAUUGUCAUAAUAACUGUGAUUGAUGAUACAUAUGAUGCAUAUGGAACAAUUGAUGAAUUGGAACUUUUUACAAAAGCAAUUGAAAGUUGGGAUAUUUCUUGUUUGAAUACUCUUCCGGAUUACAUGAAGUUUCUCUAUAAAAUUAUAUUUGACCUUUACAUAGAAAUAGAGGAAGAAAUGAUAAAAGAAGGAAGAGUGUACGCAUUGAACUACUACAAAAAUGAAGUAUGGUUUUUCUUUAUAAUAUACGUUCAAUCGUAUAUGGUUGAGGCUAGAUGGUUACAUGAUAAUUACCAACCAACAUUUGAAGAAUACAUUCGUGUAUCAGCAAUAUCAUCUGGUUAUGGUCUGGUGAACACAACUUGUUACCUUGGUAUGGGAAAUAUAGCAACAGAGAGUAUCUUCAAGUGGGUUUCCAAAGUGCCAAAAGUAAUUGAUGCUGCUAUUGUCCUUUGUAGACUAAUGGACGACAUUGUGUCAAACGAGUUUGAACAGAAAAGAAAUCAUGUUUCCUCAUUUUUGGAAUGCUAUAUUCGGCAAUAUAAUAUCUCUAGGGAAGGUGCAGUUCAAGAAGGUCGAAAAAGAAUUGUUGAUGCUUGGAAAGAUAUCAAUAAGGAAUGUCUUAGGCCAACUGAUGUUCCAAGGCCUAUUCUAACACGCAUUCUAAACCUUUCACGUUUUAUGGAUGUGAUUUAUAAAGAUAAAGAUAACUACACACAUCCUGAAGGAGAAAUGAAGACAUUUAUUAAAGCUUUGCUUCUUGAACCCAUGCAAUUUUGAGCAUGAGUCUUUUAACGCGUUGUAUUUCUACUUUAAAUAAAAACAAU